AUGGACAUUGACGUAACAAAAUACCAUUCAAAGAUUGACUUAACUGAGAAUGACAAUAAUGAAUUUAACGAAAAUCUUGGAAAUGGCGAUAAUUCAAUUUCUCGAAGACACGUUUUAACGCCGCAGGAAAUUACCAAAACUUUUCGAAUAAUGGCUUUUCGAAAAUGUGAAAGGCAAGCCAGAGGAAGAUAUCAAAAUGUUAGUACAUGGAAACGAUGGCCUGAAUUUGGAACUUUAGUUGCUCUCUUUCUGCUUAUGAUGUAUGUUUAUUACAAGAUAACUGAAGUUGUUCGAUGGUGUUUUUACUGGUUAGCAAUCGCUACCAUAAUUCUUUUGAUUAUAAAUCAAGGAUCAAUUGUUAACGAAAAUAAAUCAGGUUUUGCUUCAACGUAUGAGACUCGUUUGGUUUUAAUUGUUCUUGGAAUGUUUGAAGCAUUGACAUUAAUAAUAUGGGUGUUAAUACGUUAUGGUUAUCCAAAGAUAGUAAGAGACGCUUAUUGGCUCGAUACUAUUUGGUGGUGGCGUAUUAAACAAGAUGAUGAUAGAGGAAUUGAAGGUGAUACUGUAGGAUGUUUUCGAUAUUUCGGUUGGGAAAGUUAUAGUCUUUGUUUUAGGCAUGGUAUUGUCAAGUAUGUUGGUCAGGUUGAUGAAAAUGGUUUGCCUCAUGGACCUGGUGAAUGGGUUGAUGAUUCAUUCGAUGGUGAAUGUUUAAAAGGUAUUUGGGAACAUGGUGUACCUAUCGGUCCAUUUCAAUCGAGAGGUUCAGGCACUGGCGACGCGUUUUAUUCUGUUCGUGUAGGACUGGUGAAAAAUCGUCACACACCUUGGGACGAAUGGAGACUUUUUCCUAAACAAUAUCAAAGUGGAAUUGAUGCUUGUGUAGCGUCUAUUGAAUGUUCGGUUUCUGGAAAGUAUCUUAAAUAUCUCCCUCGUGCAACUAUAAUUAUACCACCAAAGUGUGAAGAUCCUGAUCAAGAUGAUAAUGAAAGUUAUAUAUCACCCAUUGAAUAUUGUCUUGGAUGUUUAAAAACAUUUGCUUUUGCAACGGGUUCCGAUUUUGCAGUAAAAGAACAUUCUUCUGUCAUAAUAAGACUUUCUGAUAAUGGUUUAGCCAUUACAGGAUAUUAUCCUAUCAAUUCAACUACAUCCAAGGACAAGGUAGUUAUUAGAAGGGUGCCAAUAAAGAAUAGGUUAGAUUCUUCUAAAACAGAUUAUAUUAUUGAAAUUGACGAAUGGCGUCCAUCAGGUAGCAUUUGCUCAGGUUCUAUGAUUGAUUCACCAACUGGUACUCAUAGAAGUUCACAGGAAUGCAUUAUUUUCAUUCAUGGAUUUAAUUGUCCAUCAAUAUUUGCAAUGGAAACAUUAGGUCAAUUUCUUGCUCUUGCCGAUCUACCCAAUUACAUAAAACCAUUUGUAUUUUCUCCUCCUGGUACAAAUUCAUUAUGGUAUUUUGGUUCAAAACAAUUAAGCUGUUCUAAUGAAGCUUUGAAUGAUUAUGCAAAUCUUUCAAAUUAUUGUAAUCAUAUAACUAUUUAUUCAAAUUCUCGUGAUUUUGCUCUCAAAGUUGGAGAAUAUUUAGGUAAUGAUAAAUCAUUAGGAUUACAUACUAGUGACUUAUAUUAUAAUGAUAAAUUAAUGGAUGUGGAUUUAAUUGAUACUACACAAUUGGACGUGAAUAUUCAUAAGAUGAGACAUAAUUUCUUCAAUUUAAAUAGGUUAUUAGUUGAUGAUCUAUCAGAUAUAAUCGUAUUUGGAAAACGUGCAAGAGAAAGAAAAACUAGAUUAAGUCGUAAAUAUGUUGGACGUGAAAGUGUUGUUUAUACCUUUUUAGUUGCACCGAGUUACGUGGUUAAUAAAUAA